GCAUAUGUAUAUAUACACGGAAUGUCAUUAAAUAUCUAUACAUUUGAACAAAAUCAACUUAACAAAGCGGUAAAACUCGAUCCUUGAAUUUUAGCAAUCAACACAACAACACAAUAAUAAAUCAUACCAGUCAUAUUUAACAGUCGUUCUUUUAACAUUUUAAUAGUUUGGUUACACACGAAAGUAAUUGAUUAAAACAUACAUGCUGCGUUUGAUAUACAUACAAACAAAAUAUGUUGUCUCAGACUCGUAAAAUCAGCGUUAUUCAGAACCACGUACACAUAAAUAGAAAAUACUGAUCUUGAUUCUUGCCAAACUCGCUUAAAACAGCAAACUAAAGAUGCUACUUUUUUACAUGGUCUUACAUAAUUAAGAAAUGAAUCGUUUGAAUCUCUCAUAUCUUACCCAGCUGAACCACUCCUACGCAUCCAUGUGUUCCAAAUUGAUAUAUGACAAUAUCUACUUUCGAUCACGUGUUGCGGAGCGACUUAGACGGAUUGCGCGUCAUCUCGCCUUCCCAAAUUUUCUCCUUCUGCAGCUCGAAUCCAAAACACCAUAUCUGUAGUACGGACUACAGGAGAAAGAUGUUUAACUCUGUUAAUCUGGGCAACUUCUGCUCCCAGACGCGUAAAGACCGGACAUCCGAGUUUGGGGACAGGACGGGCUGUGCUUCCAACAUCUACCUCCCCAGCUGCACCUACUACGUUCCCGAAUUUUCCUCGGUCUCUUCGUUCCUUCCACAGGGGCCCUCGCGACAAAUCACAUACCCUUAUUCCACAAAUCUGUCUCAAGUGCAACCAGUGCGAGACGUUUCCUAUGGUCUGGACCCAUCUAGCAAGUGGCACCACAGAACCAACUAUGCAUCGUGCUAUUCAGGAGAAGAUCUGGUGCACAGAGACUGUCUUCCGCCAUCCACCAUGACAGAAAUGUUCAUGAAAAACGAGAGUGUGUACAGCCACCACCACCACCACCACCAGCAUCAUCCGAACUCUAGCCACCCGUCCACUGGUUUCUACACCGGCGUAGGAAAAAACAACGUGCUCCCUCAAGGUUUCGACCGCUUUUUUGAAACCGCCUAUUGUAGCACGGACAAUCAGUCAGAACAUUGUUUACAAAAGAGCGAGAUGAACAAAUUACAGACUUCGUCCCAGCAACCCACAGCUGUUUCCGCAGCGCAGGAGCCGGAAAAGGACCCAGAGGAUGAAGAGGAACAUACAAAUUCGGGCUCGUGCACUUCAACAGCUACUAAGGACGGGAAUGCAAGCAAGAGCCAUUCGAGUACCCCGCGCACAAGGAAGAAGAGAUGUCCAUACACCAAGUUUCAGAUUCGUGAACUGGAGCGAGAAUUUUUCUUUAACGUUUACAUCAACAAGGAGAAAAGGCUGCAGCUGUCCAGAAUGUUAAACCUUACCGACAGACAAGUCAAAAUAUGGUUUCAAAAUCGUAGAAUGAAAGAAAAGAAAUUAAGCAGAGAUCGCCUGCAAUAUUUCUCUGGGAAUCCGUUGUUGUAAUUGUUGAAAUGGGGUUGCCUUUUAUUUAAUAUCUCUGCAAAGUAAAAUUAUGUAUGUUUAAAUAUGCCCCAUCAGUCUCAUUAAAUAUAAAAUGUUUUUGUUAAGGUCAAAAACAGUAGGCCUACUAAAAACUUGUUUGAAGGAUAACAGAAUUAUAAUGUCUGAGAGUGUGGACAGAAAUGGAAAUUAACUUAAUGUCAAAUUAUACCGGCAUUUCUAGUUUGUGAUUCACAAACUAAAACGUACACAUCACAACGUUUUUUUUUUUUUUUUUUUUUUUUUUUUUUUUUUGAAGUGUAUGUGACACGUCUUUUAAGUGAAAUGUUUAAAAUCUUUACUUUGAAAAUGAUCACGAAAAAGCCUACUAUAAUAUAUUAUUAAAAGUAUACCCUCUAUCAUUUUAUGGUUGUAUAUAUGUACAUUAAAACACACACUCGACUCUGUUUCGAAUCUGGAGAUGUCAUACUUUUUUAUGUUUUCACCAUUUAGAACUGACUUGUAUAAUCUGUAAUAUUGUAUUCCUUGUACAGAGCUUAUGCAUUGUGCAUUCGUGAAUGUAAAUAUAAUGUUAUCACCAUAUCCUGCUGCUAUUUUUCUUUACAUUGCAUUUGCAGCCUUGUGAGCUUUGUUAUUCGAUUCUUUAAUUUAUUUGCUGUACGUCCAAAGUUCUCAUUUAUCUCGGAGGAAUAGUUCAGCUAUCUUAUUCGGCCUGUGUACUACAUAUUAAUAAAAAUAAACACAAAUAAAGGUAAACUGUUAUGUCAAUGGUGAAUUGAUUUAGAAAGAAAAAUCAUAAGGUAGACUAUGAAGUAAAAAUUGUGAAUGUGUACAACAACACUGCAGUGAAAACAGAGAUCUAAAAUAAGAUAUAAUAAACUGACCACUGCCAAGUAAUGAAAACACUAUCUCUCUCUC